AUGGUCACUGCUGGCCUACGCGGGAGUCACCUGAGGAACAUGAUGGGAAUAAUGGGCUUUGUCGUCAUGUUUGGAGAUCUUCUUCGUUCUUUGUCCGAACGGAACAGUGUUCUCCAGCGCACCUACAGUCGCAGCAACAAGGCCAGCCACUUCCUACUGGUCCUUUUCAAAAGCCUCGCUGAUUGUGGCUUCUCCUGCUUCGAGAAAGAGACCGCGCUGAUCCUCAAGCUGACCGAGCGCUUUCAGCAGCGCUACUGCCAUUACUCACUGAACAACAGCAGCAAAGUCGUCGACCUUGAUCAGCUGGCUCCAGCAUCAGCAUCGGCAUCAGCAUCAGCACUGGCUUGUAGAGUGAGUGCCUUGAAGAAGUGUCUUGAGUUCCAUGCUGUAGCAGAAGCUUGUGGAGCUUCUCUGUGGCUCUUUGCUUGGGAUCUGGAGUUGGAAUCUGCCUGGUUGUUUGCUCAGCCAGGAGCUACUUGCUAG